GCCUUUUUCUAUAAAAUAAUAAAUAAAGUAACUUAACUAAAAGCUCUGUGAAAUAUAUUACUUUAUUGCUGAAGAUUUAAAAUUGUUUAUAUCAAGUUAGUGUUGUUUUGAAAAAUUGACAUGCUCAGUUCAGUCUAUUUUUAGCAACACUGGUAGAACUGUCUACAGUAUUUUGGUAACAAGAUUGAUGUAUGCUUAAACAAAGGUUAUAGUCAUGAAACCAAUAAGACUGUAAGUGAUGUAUUGAUUAGUUAAACUGUGUUGGUUUUCAAAACUUUUAAAAGUUACAAUGGCCUUUAACUUUCAAGGAGGACCACUUGCAAUGGGUAUGCCUCAGGGGCAGGGCCAAAUGAUGAGUGGUCUGAUGCACAGCGGAAUGAUGGGCGGACCGAUGAUGCCCAGUAUGAUGCCUGGGUUUCCUCAUAUGCCAGUCAUGCCUGAACAACAACUAGUCAACCCAGGCCUAAAUGAUGCACCACUCGAAUUCAAUACUAACAAAAAUAAACCUCCUAUGCCUAUCUCAGGUGGAGACAUAGAUGAAAGAGGUUUAGCCAGUUCUAGUCAGUUUAACAAAGACAGUGAUAAAGAAAGAGAAAGAAGGCGAGAAAGAGAAGGUCGACCUAGGCAGGAUAGAAGCAAGGAAAGAUCCAAAGAUACCAAGGAAGUGGAAAAGAGCGAGGUUGACAGUGACAGCAAUGAAAUGGCCCCCGUCUGGGGCGGAAUCAUACCACCUCCGAUGCCAUACCAAGUCAUGGGAAUGCCUUUGAUGGAUCCUAAUAUGAUGAUACCUCAAUUUGGAAUGGUGGCUCCUGGUCUUGUUGAUGGAGGUGUAGUUAAGGAAGUGAUCCAGCUAAAAUCAGUGACUCUUAUUCCUCCGCCACCUGGAUCUCCCCUCCCAACGACAAGAGAGCGGCCACCAGGAUGCAAAACAAUAUUUGUCGGUGGAUUGGCUGAAAACACCUCUGAGGAAAUCAUCAGAGAAAUUUUUAUUCGAUGCGGAGAAAUGUUAACUGUAAGGCUCAGUACAAAGAAGUUUUGCCAUAUCCGAUUUGUUCACGAAUCAUCUGUUGAUGCUGCUCUGUUCUUUUCCGGAUACAGAAUGAGGAUAGACAACAAAACUGAUGCUUCAAAUACUGGUAGACUCCAUGUAGAUUUCGCACAAGCGCGGGAUGAUCAGUAUGAAUGGGAAUGUAAGCAACGACAGCUCCAAAGGGAACAAAGGCAUCGAGACAGAGUUGAAAAAGAAAGGCUGAGGGUGCCGUCUCCUCCACCUGUACCUCAUUACACCGAGCAUGAGGCAACAUCGAUAUCUGAAAAAAUCAAAGUAGAAGAUACUUUUGGAAAAGCAGUUCAAGUUGUAAUAACAUGGUUGGAAAGAGGUGACUGUAAUAAACGCAAUGCGUCCGUUUUCUAUUCGAUGAUCCAGUCGACCAACUCUCACAUUCGGAGGCUGCUGAGCGAGAAGGCUUCGCAUGAAGAAGAGCUCCAGAGGGCCAAGGAUCUGAUGAAAGCUCGAAUGCAAGGCCUCCUGCUUCAAUACGCACAGGUGGAGCGCGUUUUCACAGCGGCUUCUCACAAGAAGGUCUGGGACCACUUCACCAAGGCCCAGCGCAAGAACAUAGAAAUGUGGAAGAAACAGGCUGCGGAGAUAAAAGCGGUUGAGUUAGAGGAACACCUGAAUACAGGUGCAGAGGAAGAAAUGGAACUUUCUGAUGAAGAGGAAGGUGUCCCGAAGAAAAAGUUUAAAGGAGAUGAUAAAAUUAAUGCUCUAAAGGAAGAAAACGACAGCCUCAGGUGCCAGUUAGAAGCUUACAAAAACGAAGUAGACCUCGUCAGGACGGAGCUGAAAGCUGAGCUGGAGCAGACUGAAUCUCAGCUCAAACUGGCACAGCAGACAUUGCAUGGGAUGCAACAGCAACUGGUGGAUGCUAAAACAAAACAAAGCAUUGAAGAAACGAAGGUGUCCCAACUGGAGGCUAAGCUAGCACAGGUGUCGGGCAGCAGCGACUCCAACGACAGUUCUACCAACCUCCAGUCUGUUGUAUCCUCUACUAUAGUUGAAGAAGAGGCCAGGCUAAUAGGCCUCAUCUCUAUGUUCCUUCACGUACACCCUUUUGGAGCCGGCCUAGACUACGUGUGGUCCUACCUCCAGAAGAUAACAGGGCCUUCGAUAAAACCAGCCCAAGUAGAAUCUCUCCUCCAAAGGUUUCCAACUCUCUUCCAGCAGGAACUUUGUGGAAUAGGUGCUAAUAUGGAGAGAAGAUGGGUAAUAACCGCAUUCAAAAACAAAGAUCAAACCCAGCCCAUGGCCAAUUAGUGUCAUCAUCAUCAUCAUUAUCAGGAAUUAUCAUCUGGAUUGUAACUUUUGAAUUUAUCUAAAACGUAACUGGGCCAUUUUUAUACACUGAGAAGUUUUUAAUUAGUUGCUAGAUAUGGCUGAUGCCCAAUCUGACUGUGAAAAGACUUUUAAUUAGAAAGCAAAUCGUUAAAAAAAAAAAUUAUUCAACAAAAUAAUAUUUAUUGAUGAUUGAAUUUUGUUUGUGAGUGUUUUGGAAUUUUUAAAGUAUAUAUAUAAAUUUGUAUAUGAUUAUAUACGAUGUUGAUCUAUCCCAGUUUAUUUGGGAAGUUGUUUUGUUCUGUUAAUUUUGUUAAAUAAAUUGUAUUAUAAUUUUAUUUGUCUGUUUGUUAAAUCCUUGUUUCUUUUUAAAUAAAUAAAAAUAUUUUCUACAAGAAAUAUGGUAAGUUCAUAUUUUAUCUGCACAUAUCCUGAAAUAAUAUUAAUAU